CCUUCUUCCUCCUCCUCCUCUACAGGCUUGUUGUGUCAGGCGUUUUGGUCUUCUGUCAUCCAUCUCACGCUCGCCGAAAGCUACUAUGUCGUCGUACUCGAUAUCCGUGGGGAAACCGUCCCUCGGCGCCGUCCCUGACAGCGCUGUUGAGAAGCCUCAUCACGUCAAGGCCAAGGAUGGCACCACGACCACCCAUUUUCAGAACCCUCACCCUUCCGGCCGCAAGACAUUCAAAAAGAAUCUCAACAUCCCGCUCACAAUCAUCAACCUGCGUUUUCCGAGCCCCAAGCCAGGGGAGGAGCUCGUGCCUGUCCAGACGCCCUCCUUUCUGAAGACACGCUUUGAGUCGGAGGACCUGCGCACGACCUGGCUAGGCCAUGCAUGCCACUACACUGAGUUCCCAUCUGGACUGCGCGUGCUGUUCGACCCAGUCAUGGAGGACCGCUGUUCGCCCUUCACUUUUGCUGGCCCCAAGAGGUAUACCAGGAGGGCAUGCGGCAUCGCUGAGCUGCCCUUUCUGGACGCCGUGGUGAUCUCACAUAGCCACUAUGACCACCUGUCCACGCCAACCGUCAAGGAGAUCGUGAGGCUCUUCCCACACGCACACUUCUUUGUCGGUCUGGGUCUGGCGAGCUGGUUUCGGGACUCGGGCGUCACCAACGUCACCGAGAUGGACUGGUGGGAGGACGCCGAGCUGUCCGUGCAGCUGGACAGUGCCGAUAGCAAGGAGGGUAGUAAAGAAGGCAUCAAGGCGACCGUAUCGUGUCUUCCCGCGCAGCACACCUCAUCCCGCUACGGCCUCGACACAGAUCGCACGCUCUGGUGCUCCUGGGCCGUGAGGUCCACCACAGGCUCGCCCUCCUCGCCCUCAUCACCACCUGCCACAAAGUCUGUCUACUUUGGCGGCGACACGGGCUACCGAGCUGUACCGCAGAUCCCAGAGUCCGAGGAUGACUAUGGCGAAAAAUAUGCCGACCUCCCCUCGAACCCGGACUUCAAGAAGAUCGGCGAGCUGCGAGGGCCCUUUGAUGUCGGCCUGAUCCCCAUCGGUGCCUACAAGCCGCGCUACUUGUUCUCGUGCAUGCACUCGGACCCGCAGGACGCCGUCGAGAUUUUCCGCGACACGCGGUGCCAGAGGGCGCUGGCCAUCCACUGGGGCACCUGGGCGCUGACGUCUGAGCCGAUCAUGGAACCGCCUGUUAAACUGAGAGAGGCAAUGAAGAGGAGAGGGCUGGAGGAGACGGGCGUGUUUGAUGUGGUUGAUAUUGGCGAGAGUAGAUUGUUUUGAUGUAUCGUCUUCUUUCUUUUUUUCGGUCCGGGCUUUAUAGUGGAUUUUUCUGUCAAGUCGUCUUUGCAUCACAACAGGCGCGAGGUGUUAUGGUGGCUACUCAUCUGAGGACAGUUUCGUGUCACCGGAAAGACAGGGAAAGG